AUGAAACCAGAUGUGGUCAUUUACAACGCUGGCAUCAGCGCGUGCGAGAAAGGAGCUCAGUGGCAACGGGCGCUGUCCUUAUUCAGCGAAAUGUGGGAGGCACAGCUGGCCCCCAGCGUCGUCUCGUUCAACGCUGCCAGCAGUGCGUGCGAGAAAUGCGGUCAGUGGCAGCACGCGCUGUUGCUGCUGAGCGAUUGUUGGGAUUCGAAGAUGCACCCAGACGUCAUGAUCAGCUACAACGCUGGGAUUGGCGCGUGCGCGAAGUGCAUGCAGUGGCGGCGGGCGCUGGCACUGCUCAGCGAGGUGAGGGAAGUGCGGUUGGAGCCCACAUGCAUCAGCUACGGCAGUGGGGUCAGCGCGUGCGAGUCAGGAGCACAGUGGCAGCAGGCUCUCUUGUUGCUCAGGGAAGCGCGCUGGAGGAAAUUGGAUCCGAACUUCCACGCCUACGGAAUCGUAGCCAGCAUGUGCGAGCAAGGCGGGCAGUGGCAUCAGGCACUGUCGCUGCUCAGGGAUGUGAGCGAGAUUGUGGCGGAGUGA